UACUUACUAUAUUUACAAUAUUGCUUACAUUUAUUAUAUUUACAGUGUGAGUGAUUUUGUGUGAAAGAGUGUGAAAUGUGAAGUGCUUCAGUUAAAAUUUUUAAAUUUUUUUUUUUUUUAACUUUUAAAGCUUUUAAAGAAAACGCUAGGUAUGGACUGAUAUCAGGAGCUGAUGCUCAAGGUUUCAGUAUCUGUACUGGAAGAGAAAAAGUGGUAUCCUGCUAUCUCUUCAGGCCCCUGAAGGUUUGAUUUGCUUUCUGUGGUAACAGAAUUUUUACGUUUCUCCAGCCCAGUUCUCAGGGUUGGCUGGUUUACCAUGUGUUACUUUCGUGUCUUUAGAGAGGGGGAAGUGAGUCAACUGUGAGGAGCUUCUUGUCACCACAUGUCUUGUUCCACAUUUGCCUUGACUUGGUUGAGGUAUGGAGCUGGAGAUGGAAAAUUGUCAUUUACAUCGCUCUGAGUUAUAUGUGGUGGACUCCACUGGGUUUUCCAAAGAAUGUUACUGAAAGAUGGUGGAUCGCUUGGCAAAUAGCGAAGCUAACUCCAAGCGCAUUGCGGUCGUGGAGGGCUGCUUCGGCACAGCUGGCCAACCACUGGCUAUCCCGGGCCGUGUGCUUAUUGGGGAGGGCGUGCUCACCAAGUUGUGCCGCAAAAAGCCCAAGGCCCGCCAGUUUUUCCUCUUCAAUGACAUUUUGGUGUAUGGAAACAUCGUCAUCCAGAAGAAGAAGUACAACAAGCAGCACAUCAUCCCUCUAGAGAGUGUCACUAUCGACACGGUGGCUGAUGAGGGCGAGCUGCGUAAUGGCUGGCUCAUCAAAACACCAACCAAGUCGUUUGCGGUGUAUGCCGCCACAGCCACGGAGAAGUCUGAGUGGAUGAACCACAUCAACAAGUGUGUGUCGGACCUGCUGGAGAAGAGCGGCAAGUCACCCACAGGCGAGCACGCGGCCGUAUGGGUGCCCGACUCGGAGGCGUCAGUGUGCAUGCGAUGCCAAAAGGUGAAGUUCACGCCGGUCAGCAGGCGCCACCACUGCAGGAAGUGCGGCUUCGUCGUAUGUGGUCCUUGCUCCGAGAAGAAGUUCCUGUUGCCCAGCCAGUCAUCCAAGCCAGUGCGUGUAUGCGAGUUCUGCUACGAGCAGCUCUCCACAGGGGCAACUCUGCCACCGCGCUCGAACUCGUACAGCCGCACCAACAACAUCUCUGAGGAUGAGGAUGAAGACGAUAGCAGUGACUGAGGGAAGGGAACCUUCGCUUUUGCUAUUUUAGGAAUAUUAUCUUCAGUUGAGGUCCCAGUGCUUUAGUGUCUUGUUUCUCCUUAAAGGGUUUGAAAUUAGCAAAGAUUCCAUUAAGGUUUAUGGUGAUUUUAUUUUUUAGUACAAUAUUAAUGAAAUGGCGUAAUAAACUUACCCUGAAAGCAUAGACACCAUAUGCAUAUACUGUAGGUGAAAUGCAGUAGGAAUCCUGAGUUCCUGCAUUCACAAAAAAUAUUACUUGCAGGCUCUCUUAGCCUUUGUGCAUAUUCCGUUUGGCACAACUGUAGGAGCUGCAGGAAUUCUGACUAAUCCUGUUCUCUCCUGCAGAAAAUUUAAAUCAAUCCUGUUCUCUCCUGCAGAAAGGUUGACCAAUCCCACCUGCUAACCACAGUUACUUAAGUUUGCACCCAUCCAUGAUAUUUUCUAAUGAAUUUUGUUGGUAAAUUUUCCCAAAAUAUAAACUAAAAAUAAUUUAAACCACAGCGACACUGACCAGGAAAAGCAAGAUGGAUGGCUGGAUGGAUAAAGCCCAUUUUACACCAGACGCGUAACUAUGUACCACCCUGCAUCCAGUACGCUCCCAAGUUGUUCUUUAUCCCAUGAGCUUCAUAUCAGCCUGCCUACAAGAGAGGAAAGAUGGCCCACUACUGCAACUUAUUGCUAAUUUCAAGCUCUAUGUACAGCUGAUUUUAUCAUCUUGUGUUUUUUUUUUUUUUCCUGAUUUCAUUCCAAAUUACUGUUUUGUUUACGAAUGAAUCGUAGACUCUGCUAUGACACUGCUUUUUCCACAGGGAAGAGUUCACUCAGCUGUUUCGGUGCUGACAGUAUUUUUCUAGCUGUACCCCUACCAGGACCUGUAUUUAUUACAGUGGGGAUAACAGAAGAAAUAAAGAAAGGAUGCAUAUUUUGAUAGGUGUAUAUGUAAAACUUUAUCUCCCUGUUAGUUAAUCUUUCAUAAUAAUACUCUUUGCUAGUGACAAAUCAAAAGUGUUUGAGUUAUACUGAGUUCUUAAAUGUAUAUAACUGGUAAUAUAGAUAGUAAUUCCCAAAAUAUAACCUGUCAAAGGCCUUUAAUGCCACCGUGCCUUCUUAAAUAUUUUUCUAUAUAUUUUUGACCUAUUAGCAAUUAGAAAUUUCUCACCUGAGAUCUGACUUUACAUUUAGAGACACUCUUAAAGCAUAAAAUGAACGUAGAUCUGUUUAAAAGUGAAAAUAGAUAGUUUUUUUUUGUGCAAAAGAUACUUCAGUAGAUCCCAGGUGUCCCAGUGCACAGGUUGUUGUCUUUAGUUUUCCAGUACUAUCCUGAGAGUAUUUAACAGUAGAUCUUGUUGGCUCUGCACUGUAGUCCAGUGUUGGAGGGCGUGCUGCACAGCUGAAGUGGGCACUGAACGUUAGCAGGAGCAGAUACCCUCCUCCCCGUGCUUUUAUCAGAGUGGGGCUACACUUCAGUGGCCUGUAUGGUCACACCCAUGUCUCAAAUGGGAAUUGAGAUGCAGAGCAUUAUGAGGAAGUAACCUCCACACGACCUUGCCUUGUUCUACAUUUGAAUCACACAUGACUAAAUGCACUAAUACUAUGUUUUGGGUAUAAUGUUUCAUUUCUAAUAUCGUAAGACUGUUAUGAACUAGCUGUGCUAAUGUAUAAUUGAGAGCAUGGGCUUCAGGUAGAAUUACAGUUGAACAUGCGAGAUUAAUCUGCUUUUGUUAAUUUUGUUAACUUUGUCUCAAUAAGGACAUGUUGUCAUAUCACUUUUUCAGAACUGACAUUGAAAAGGGAAAUUUAAUGAUUUUUGGAUCUAGGAUCAAGACUGUUCUAGAUCUCUACCUUUAUAUGCAAUGAGAAUGAAUCUCAAAUGGCAAGCAUUUUGUUACUUAUAAAUUAGUUUGUAUUGUGAUUUUACUUUUGAAUCAUCACAGACUUGAGGAACUACUGUACAAUGUCUGUCUAAUCAUUGCCUUUCAGUCCAACAUUAUUAUAUUAUGCCUGUGUAGACGAUUUGGCAGCAAUGUUGAGCUCCAACUCUUCUGCAUGUGUGUGUCUCCUGAAAAUCUCCGGAUCAGCUACCGGCAUGUUAUCGUGUGUUCACUUGGCUGAGGUGGAGGGUCAGCGCAUGCAGGAGCAGCAGUGGAGCAAAGCCUGGUGUUGUGACCCAUCUUCGAACAGCAGGAGCUGAACAUGCCUGAGAAUGCUUGCACUUGUUGGAUUCUGUACCACAAGUCAGUGGGAUGAAGAUAGCUUCUGCUAUUCCAUGGACCGCCUGUCUGGCUUUAAACUGACACCAAAACCAGCACAUAAACACGUGGUCAUAAUUAUGUGAAAUGCCUGGCUGCUUGAUCUGAAAUUCUUACAUUCUUACUCAUAUAAAUAUGUGGUGGUGUAUUCAACAAGUGCAAAUGGCAAGGAAUUGCAAGAGAAUUUUCAUUAUUUACCUAGUAGUGUUGUUUUUUUUUUUUUUUUUUUUUUUUUUGGUAUUGUUUCCUUCACCUGUCUGUCUUGUCAUUGAGAACUUUGAAAGGGCUCAAAGUUGAAUGUAAUCCACCAUAUAAUUUAGAUACUAAUUUUUGGGAACAAAUAUAUAUGUAUAUUAAUUGUUUACAA